AUGGGGAAUGACGGUGGUUCAAUUCCAAAGCGAAUCGAACUUGUAAAGGAGAAACAAAAAGAAGUUCGACCAGAUCGAACCGCUUUGAAAAUAGCUACUUGGUUCUUUUGUGCUUUAUCUAAGCGUCUUCUACAAGAACCUAUUGUAUCUUGUGCAUUAGGGAAAUUAUAUAACAAAGAUGCAAUCAUAGAAUAUUUGUUAAACAAAAGUGCGUAUGGAGACGGAGACAUUAUCUGUUCUCACAUAUCUAGUUUAAAGGACGUCAAAACUCUUAAUCUUACGGUCAAUCCUGCUUUUAAGGAAUCAUCUGCUGCAAGUAUUGCACACUUUGAUCAAGAAAUGGUAUCAAGAUUCAUAUGUCCAAUUACCAGAAAAGAAAUGAAUGGUAAAUCGAAAUUUGUAUAUUUGAAUAAAUGUGGAUGCGUAUUUUCUGAACAAGGAUUAAAAGAAAUACCAAGUGAAACAUAUAGUUUAAAUGAAAAAUCCACAACUUCGCCGCCUAACGACAAUAAACGAAAGAUGGAUGAUGAUAAUCUAAAUUCACAACCAUCGAAGAAAAUCGGGAUUGAACAAUCAAAUAUUUGUGCUAGUAAUGCAAUUGUUAAUCAGAAGGUUCAAGAACAUUUGGCUAGCACUUAUACAAAAGCCAAACAGUCAAAAGCUAUUCAAUCUAUUUAUUCUGAUAAGAAAAAGGAUGAUAAGAUUGCGAAAAGUUAUUUAGUUAGAGGAACAUUUAAUAGAUACGCUGCGUAA